AUGUUUUGGACACAUGAUCAUGAAGCCAUUCUGUGCAGAGAAGUCGUCAAUGUAAAUCCCUACACAAGUAAGAAAGCGUCAACACAAAGAAGCAGUAUGUGGGAAAAAAUAGCAGACACCUUGAACAAAUGCACUGUGCCGAAAUUCAGGGUUGAUAAGCGAUCAGUCCGAGACCACGUGGGAAUCCUUGUUUACAAGCAUAAGAAGAAACUUCUAGCGGAGAAAAAAGCAACUAAUAUAACUCCCGAUGAGCCAACGGAACUGGAAAACCUACUGGAUAUGAUCAUCGCGUUGGAGGAAAGUGGCGAACCGGAAUAACAGGAAACACAGGGAACAGCUAGCAAAAAACUUCAAUACGAUUGGGCUAAAGCGGAAGAUGUUAGACUAAAAGCGAUGGAGAAGCUAGAAGAAAAGAGGUUCAUCAGCGGAUGAAAGCGAUGACAAACCGAAGCGUCGACCAAGAAGUGGAGGUGAUGCUAUCGAAUACUUAGCUGAGAGAGCUAAAGUAAGUGAUCAACUGAAAGAGGAAGACUUAAAGAUGAAGAGAGAUCAGCAAACUCUCGAGAGAGAAAAAAUGGAGGUUUUGAGUAAACCUCAAAUUCAAAUGCAACAGCAACAAGCAGAUAUGCUAAAACUUAUGCAGCAGCAACAGCAAGAAAGCCAAAAGCAGUUACUCAACGCUCAAAUGAUGAUGAUGCAGCAGCAGCAGCAGUCAAAGGCUUUGAUGGUGUUAUUCGAAAAAAUAAUAAAUAA